AAACGAUUAACAAUUGUGCAAAUGUCAACCACGCGCUCAGUCUCUGCGCACCCAACAAGAUUUCCUCCCUCCUAACCGCAUGAAUGGAGUGACCAUGCAUGUACCGUCGUUACAACCUGUACACUAGAGUUGUUUACUCUCUCUCUCUCUCUCUCUCUCUCUCUCUCUCUCUCUAAGUUGAGAGGCCGUGGGUAGCAAGUGAUUCAUCAUUUGAAUUCAUAUUCUGUUGCAUGUAGAGAGAGAGAGAGAGAGUGAGAGAGACGAGAGAAAUUGUGUACUUGAAAAUGCAGGAACAGGAACAGGGCACCGUGGGCGGCGGAGAAACACCAGCUUUGGCCAGACACCUACUCCCCUGUACAUCUCACUGUACCCUCAACACCGACACUGACACAGAAACCACCAAAGACCACAUAGACAGAGAACUGGGUUGUGUUUACGAGAUUGAUCAUAGCAAGCUCCCGCCCAGAACCCCUGUUCAACUCAGAUCCACCCGUGUCGUCGUGGUAAGUGAGAAGACGGAAUUGAAUAUUUCAGUGAGAUUUCCGAGCACGCAAUCGCUUCAAAGGUACUUGAGCAAAGGAAUCACAGAGAUGUGUCCGGAGCUGGACAAGAGGUUCGUUAUGGGAACAAAGCUCGCAGAGAAAGUGCUUUUCCGACAAGUCCGGUCUCGAGAAUUCACGGAGAAGAAGAACUCGAAGGAUUUCUGGCAGUUGAUUUCCAACUCCGAUUGUGGAAUUGGGGAUUUUGUGAUUUCCAAUAAGGCUGGAUCAUGUUUAUCGGAGCUAAAAUGCAACGGAAUGCCGCGAUGGGGUGUUCGUCACCAGGUCAAGUUCGUAUACAGGCAUACAGAAACCAAUGAAGACGAACAAGAAGAAAACGAAGAAGCUGAAGAAGAAAACAAUGGGGAAACCGAUGAGAGUAGGAAGAAUGAUGAGAGAAACAGGUGUAGCUCAAGACUUGUUCCAAAGGGGAAGAAAGCAAAACUUGAAAACCAAAGCCAGAUCAAUAAGACUAGGAAGAAGAAUUGUAAGCAAAUAGGCAGGUGGUCUGCUGAAAGGUACAAGGUGGCUGAGAAAAAUCUUCUGGAGGUGAUGAAGGCGAAGGGUGCAGUUUAUAAAAGCCCAAUUCUCCGGCCAGAACUAAGAUUGGAGGCUCGCAAGCGAAUCGGGGACACGGGUCUGCUGGACCACCUCCUCAAGCACAUGGCGGGGAAGGUGGCGCCGGGUGGGGCUGAGAGGUUCCGGCGGCGGCACAAUGCAGAAGGGGUAAUGGAGUAUUGGUUGGAGAGUGCUGAUCUUGUUGAUACAAGGAGGGAGGCUGGAGUUCAAGAUCCUUAUUGGACCCCACCACCAGGUUGGAAGACUGGGGAUUAUCCUAGUCAGGAUCCUAUUUGUGCUAAGGAGAUGAAGGAAUUGAAGGAGGAGACCUCUAAAUUGGAAAGGGAUUUGGAGGAGUUAGUGUCCAAGAAACAGAUGGAGGAAGAAAUUGCCCAACUGAGGAGGGAGAUAGAGGAGGAGUUAUCAAAAAAGCAGCAGCAGGAAAGUCAAGAAACUGUGCCUAUGAAUCCAAUGAUCACAUUGGAGAAGUAUAUGGAAGAAGUGAUGGGUGUCUCAAGAUACGUGAGCAGAAUUGAGGAAGAGAUAGGGAAGCUGAAGUCCAAGGUGAGAGAAGAAAUAAAGUCAGACUCGGCAUUAAUGGUAUCCGCAGAAAGUUGUGAUGAAAAGGAGAAAAAGAAAGUAGGCAAACCACUGGUAGUAGCACAGCAAAAGGAAGCAGUGGGAACAGAGGGAAGGGGUGAUCAGGGGAAGACAAACGUAACAGAGAAAGAAGCAGAAAGUACAGGCGCAGGAGAGGAAAAAGCAGCAAAGAUACAAAGGCUGAAGAGUGGGUUCAGAAUCUGCAAGCCCCAGGGCACUUUCCUUUGGCCAAACAUGGCAUCAUCUCAGGUUGUGGUCCAUGCUGAAGAUCUUUUAAUGGUCCCAACGCCACCCUCAGUUUCUUCCUCCACCGCCUCCGCUCCUCCCCGACUACCUUACCACCACCACCACCACCACCACUACCACUACCGACCCUACCCCGUUAAGCCAUUGGCUCUUAAGGUCACUGUCUCUUCCACUGUGGAGAAAAAUUUCUCUACUACUACGACGACCACAGCUGGCACAAACAAGACCACAACCUCACUCAUGAACCUCAAUGACUUCCCGUCCCACCCUGGAGACAGAUUUUGUGGGACCCAAUUCUCGUCCUCCUCAUUGGCCAGCUCAUGCUUGCCGGAGAGAGUGGGGACAUGGCUGGCUCUGGCUACUCCCACCUCUGCUCCUAAUGACUCCACCCGUGGAUAAUUAAUCUGGGUUUUGGGCUUCAGCCAGGUGAGGACUUGUCUUUUUGGUUUAGUACGGAUGCUCUUGGAUGAUACUAUGACAUGUUUUUGAUUUAGCUGUAUCAUGUCCAGGAGAGAUACUAUUGUGGGUUGAUGUAAGUGUUCAGUUGGAUUGUAAGAAGAGCUGAGGGUCCAAAUUAGGAAUUAUUCCUGUUUUUGUGGUGGCCCUUUUUAUGGGGUUGUAAUGGCAAUAUAAGCAUAAUUUCAGCUAAUGAUAUUCUAUGUUUUUCCUCUCU